AUGGCGAAAUUCAAAAAUGAUAAAGAUCAAAAUGGUAUGCGAUUACCUAGUCAAUUAUUAGAACAAAUUAAUGCCAAAGAUGCCGUUGAAGAAGAUGAUGAAAGGUUUACUAAAUUUUCAAAUAAUUCACGAGGUAAGAAAAGAAAAUCAGAUGGUAAUAAUCAACAUCUUAGUAGAAAAGAGAAAAGAAAACAAGAAAGAGAAUUAAAGAAACAAAAAAGAAUACAAACUUAUAACAAUAAUGUAGUAAAUCAUAAGAAACAAGAACCUGUAACUCAGAAGAAUCAAAAUGUGAAUCAAAAGAAGAAAUCAAUUAAGGAAGAAGAUCCAUUGGAAACAUUAAGAAAAUUAAAAGAAUCUAAGAAUUUGAAAUCUAUAUUAAAGAAAGAUAAGAAAUCAGAAAUUCAAAUGGUUAAAGAGCCCGAGGAAGAAGAUCCAAUGGAAGCUUUACGUGCAUUGAAAGCAAAGAAAAAUGGCAAUUCCAAAAAAUCAGAAGUAAGAAUAGUUAAAGAAGAUGAUUUGGAAGAAGAGGAAGAUGAUGAUGACUUAUCUGAUUUUGAUGAUUUGGAAGAUAUUGAAGAUAUAGAAGAUGAAGAAGAUGAAAUCGAUCCUAUGGAGGAAUUACGUAAAUUAAAGGGUAAUAACAAACAAACUUCAGAUAUCCGAAUUGUCAAGGUGGAUGAUUUAGAAGAUGAUGAACUUUCAGAUGAUUUUGAUGACUAUGACGAAGUAGAAGAAGAUCCUAUGGAAGCUUUAAAGGCAUUGAAAGCUAAAAAGAAUGGCAAGGUUUCUGAAUCAGAAAUAAGAAUUGUCAAAGAAGAUGAUUUGGAUGAUGAUGAAAUCUCAGAUGAUUUUGAAGAUGAUGACGAAGAAGAGGAAGAUCCUAUGGAAGCUUUGCGUAAAUUAAAAGGCAACAAGAAAUCAUCAGGUGAUUCAGAUAUUAGAAUUGUCAAAGAAGAUGACUUAGAUGAUGACGAUUUGUCUGAAUUUGAUGAUGAUGAUGACGAUGACAUGGAGUCUGAGAAAGAAGAAGAAGAAGAGGAUGAUGAACAAGAUCCAAUGGAAGCAUUACGCGCAUUAAAGGCUAAAAAGAAUGGAGAAUCAACCAAGAGUUCAGAAAUUCGUAUUGUGAAAGAAGAUGAUUUGGAUGAUGACGAAGUUUCCGAUUUAGGUAGUGAAGAUGAAGAAGAAGAAGUACAAUCCUUUGAUGAAGGUGAAGACGAAGAUGAAGAGGAAUUCUCAGAACUUGAAGAAGAGGAAGAUCUAUUAGCUAAAUUAAAAGCUCUUAAAGACGCCAAAAAGAAGAAUAAAAAAGACAAAAAAUCUGAAAAAGAAAUUUAUCCAUUAAAUCCGCAAUUACAAUCACAAUUUGAACGAGAUGAUGAGGAUAUUGAAUAUUAUGCUAAAAAAUUAGGUCUUAAAAAUGGUAAGAAAUCUAAACUUUCUAAAAUUGACGAUGACGAUAUCAUUGGUGGUCUUUUAGAUGGAUUAGAUUUGGAUUUUGACUCGGACAGAGAACAAGUACAAGAUGAUGAUGAAGAUGAUUUCAAUUCUGAUGAGUUUAAUGAAGAUUUUAGUGGGGAUGACGAUGAUGAAGAACUUGAUUCAGAUGGUGAACCAAGAGUUAAGGAAAAUCCAUAUGUUGCACCUGGAACUGAAGAUGAUUCUAAUGAUUUAGAUUCAGAUUCUGCUAAACCACAGAAAUAUAUCCCACCUGCAUUACGUCGUAAAAUGGCAUUAGAAGCAAACACUACUCCAGAAGUAUCUGAAGAAACACUUCGCUUAAGAAAGUCAAUUAAAGGUCCACUUAAUAAAUUAUCUGAAGCUAAUAUAAACACCAUUGUUAAUGAAUUAAACACAUUAUAUUUAUCACAUCCAAGACAAACAUUAAAUGAAGAAAUCACUAAUAUUAUUCUUGAUAGUAUUAUUCAACAAGGUAGAUUAUUAGAUACUUUUGUUUAUCUUCAUGCAAGUGUUGUUGUUGCACUUUAUAGAUUACAAGGAGUUGAAUUUGGUGCUCAUUUCAUUCAAACAGUUAUUGAAAAAUUUGAAACUUACAAUAAAGAAUCAACUAAAACUAAAGAAUCUUCCAAUAUUAUUUCAUUAUUGUCUUCAGUUUAUUUGUUUCAGUUAAUUUCAUGUAAAUUGUUAUAUGACAUGAUUAAAGAAUUGAUUAAUAAUCUUGAUGAAAACAAUGCUGAUUUGUUGUUAAGAUUGAUUCGUAAUUCUGGUAAUCAAAUGCGUUCUGAUGAUCCAAGUGCAUUAAAGGAAAUUGUAUUAUUAAUCAAUGAUAAAGUAAAUACCUUACCAAGGGAUUCCAUUAAUACCAGAACCCAAUUUCUUAUUGAAACAAUUUCAUCAUUGAAGAAUAAUAAACUAAAAGUUGUUAAUGAAGGUAAUCAUCAAUUAUCUAUAAGAUUAAAGAAAUUUUUGGGUAGUAUUAAUAAUAACAAAUUUGGAGAUCCAAUUCAAGUUUCAUUAGAUGAUAUCCAUAAUGUUUCAACAAGAGGUAAAUGGUGGUUAGUAGGAUCAGCAUGGAAAGGACAUAAUUCUGAAGAAUCUAAAAAGAAAGAUGUUGAUGAACUAGCAAUGAAUGAUAUUUUAGAUAAUGCUGAACCUAAUUGGAUGGAAUUAGCUAAAUCCCAAAGAAUGAAUACUGAUAUUCGUCGUGCUAUAUUUGUUUCAAUAAUGUCAGCAAACGAUUAUAUUGAUGCUGUUACUAAAUUAGAUAAAUUAUCAUUGAAAAGAAAUCAAGAACGUGAAAUUCCAAAAGUUUUAAUCCAUUGUGCAACAAUGGAACCAUCAUGGAAUCCUUAUUAUGGAGUAUUAGCUAAUAAAUUAUGUGAUUCUCAUUCAUUACGUAAAACAUUUCAAUUCAUGUUAUGGGAUCUAAUUAAAGAAUUAGAUGGUGGCAGUGCUGGUAAUAGAGACAACGACGAUGAUGAUGAAGAUGAUUUCAUUGGAUUUGAUAAUGAUACUGGUGAUGAAGAAAGUAAAAUGAAGAGAAUUCUAAAUUUAGGAAGAUUUUAUGGAUUUCUUUUAGCUCAGGGUACAAUGCCAUUACAUAAUCUUCGAACCAUUAAUUUCUUAACUGCAUCAAAUGAUACUGUUUUAUUUUUAGAAGUAUUAUUGGUUAGUUUUCUUGAUCAAGUUGGUAAGAAAUCACAAAAGAAUUCAAUUGGUGCUGGAUUAAAGAAAUCUAAAAAAUCAAAAGAAAUGUUUGAACAGAAAUUCGAUGAUAAGAUUUUGGUUGAACGUAUUUUGAAAGCUAAAGAUCAACCGACAUUAUUAAGAGGUUUACAAUAUUUCUUGCAGGAGAAAGUUAAAACUAGUGAUAUUACAUCUGGUAAAAAGCAAAAACAAAGAGUUUCAUGGGGGGUAGAUGCCAUGUUUGACAUUAUAGAUGAAUUUUUAAAAGAAACUGAAGAUGAUUACUAA